AGCAACAAGGGACUGCGGACAUGGUAGAGACCGCCAUGACACGGGACAGCGAAAUACCGGCCAUCUUCAAUCCGAAACGUGUGCGUGCUCCCUCGGUUGUGGUAACAGGAGACUCCCCAAAUGGACCCUUCGGUGGAUUCACCAACAACGUGCCACAGAUUACGCACUCGGAUUCGGUGACCUCAAGCCAGCACGAUGGUCAGGACAGCCUGAUCGGCAUCACGGUGACGGGCGGCACACAUGGCGGAUGCGAUACGCCAACCUCCCAACCGCACGCAUUGCUCGGCGGCGGCGGCUUGGUUGGACCGGGUCCGGCAACGGGUCCUUCCGCACCAUCGAGCCCACCCUCGACCUCGAAGCUGAGGGCCUGCCGGGACUCCUGUUGCUCGGAGUUGGCGCAGAAGAUGUACUUCGGCGUGUGCGUGACGGUGCUGGUGACGGCGUCCUGGGUGGGGGCAACCCACUGCAUCAAGUUUCUGUACCUGCGGCGGAACACGUACGCCUCCACACUACCGCCUCAUCUGACGGCGUUCAUCACCGACGGCACCACAGACCCAGUGCCGGGUGUCGGACCACACGACCAAAACUCCACCUCGGCGAUGAUUGUGCACGGAUUUGGGCCGACGGCCUCCUUCCUGCCCUCGACCGCCAAACCGCUCGUUACGUCGGAUCGCGUGCAACCCCCGGUGGUAGCGCACGUCUUCAAUGCGCCCUUCUUCGCGUCCUGGUUCUGCACCAACUUCGCGAUCCUCUUCUUUCCCAUCUACAUCCUUGGCCGGGUCGCGAUCAAGAAGUGCGACGGCACCGGCGAGGUGUUGGGCGAGAUCUUGCGUGGCUUCCGCGAUCGGGGCUUCACCAUCGGGCGCUUCCUGAACCGCUGCCUCACAUUCUGCAUCCUCUGGCUGUUAACGACCUACUUGUACGCGCUGUCACUCAAGGCGCUGCUCGCCACGGAUGUGAUGGCACUGUUCGCGACCAACGUUGCCUGCGUGUAUCUGCUGGCCUGGGUUAUACUGCAGGAGCAGUUCGUCGGAGUGCGGAUUGUGGCCGUUAUCCUGUGCGACACGGGUAUUGCGCUUCUUGCCUACAUGGACGGCAUUACGGGUAGCCCGACGCUGGGCGGGGUGGUACUGGCUGCCCUGGCCGCAGCCGGGUACGCCGUCUUCAAGGUGAUGUUUCGCAAGGUGAUGGGCGAUCCACCGGUCGGCCAGAUUGCGUUCACCUUCUCCAUCAUCGGCUUCCUGAACGCGGCCAUCCUAUGGCCCGUCUGUAUCGCGCUCUACUUCACCGGAGCCGAAAUCAUGCCCUGGGAAACGUUGCCCUGGGUGGUGCUGCUAAUGGCCAGCGUGUUACUACUUGUGUUUCACAUCCUCACACAAUUUAGCAGCGCCGUUACGUACAACAUGUUUGUCACCCUGGGUCUCAUAACAGCGGUGCCCGUGUCGGCCGCGCUCGAUAUCGUCUUAUACGGGGCCCAAUUUGCCGGUAUGAAGCUGGCCGGUAUCAUAUUGAUAGCAGUUGGCUUCUUUCUCGUAAUGUUUCCAGACAAUUGGCCAGAUUACAUCACCCGGUUGCUGCGAAAAACUGGUCGCGCAUUACUAAGAAACCAAUGUUGUUGUGAUACUGCUGAUAAUGAUUACGAAAAUUCGAAAUAUCAUCUUGUUGGGUCACAACGCGAGAUGGGGUCGUCAUCCUCGAAGCGGAACUCCAUCGCAGCAUCGCGACGUCAUCGACUAUCGGACGGGUUACAUUCGAUCGCAUCUUCGCUCUCCCUCUGGCCGGGUGAGAUGACCGACCAGCAGCACCACCAACUGCACCACCAGCAAAGCCUACAGCACCUGCAGCAUAUCCUUCGCAACGACAGUGGUAGCGAUUUCCUUAAUCUGAACCCGCACGCGAAACUGCGCCACUAUUCGCUCACGGAAAUGACCACCAACUUCAUUCGCAAACCGGGCUCGAUUGGCCUCGGACCAGGACUGUGUACCGAAAGCAGUCCCAACUCGCUAACGGCCACAUCCGGGCAUCGCUAUCCAUCGAUGAACGGACGCAGCAGUUCGUACGGGUCGUUGGAAUGAGGUCGGGCGUUCGAAGCAGAUGUAAUGCCAACUUCCGCGGAUAAUUUCAUAGACAAUCGAUAGAGGGUCCGAUAGCAUUUACUUAACUUAACUUAACAUUAGUUUUCGUACACACAAGGCGUCGUCUAGUAACGUGUGUCUCGUAGCAGAGUAAUAAGUUAACUCGUAUACUAGCAGCACUUCUUUUUAGACUUUAGAGAAAGUCUCCCCUUCAUUUCUCUAGGUUCGCGCAACGAUAGGAGCAAUCGAUCAUCAUAUACAAAAACAAAACAGCAUGAAAUGUACUUAGCUCAUUUUACAUUAAUGAUAGAACUUGACGAAUAUAUCCAACCAGUCGAUAGAUACAAUUUUAAAUCAAACCGUUCUCUUGACUCAGUUAUUGAUGUUGAAUACUCUCGGCUUGAUAGUUGAAAUGCCAACUACGAAACAAGAAGAAGAAAAGUGUAAAAAUAAUUGUAGAGUAAUGAUAAUCGUGAUGUGAUUGAAACUUUACUCUAUCCUACUGAGUUGGUUAUGCAAGGUGAAAUUCGUGAGAAGAAAAUCAAACAGUCCGUGUUCGCACUUCCCAAAGCUACAAUCAAACUAACACGAGAUAGCGUAUCAACAACGUGCCGAUAACGUUUGGCAGCUAACUAUGGCGCCCUUCCCAGAUUGAAGUGGUGCGGCACCAUUCAGAAUAGAAUUGAAAUUAGUCAACACGAAAGGCACUGGCAAGGGGAACCCAAGUAAAUGUUAAUAAUUUCUACCAAACAGUUAUAGUUCUCUAUUCCACAGAUUUCGUAACCUAGGAUAGUCGGUAACCAUUUUUAGAGUAUCCGGAAGUAGGGAUAGAAUUAUAUCCCUACCAAACGGAAUUGAUGUUCCCGAUGAUAGAAUCUAUUUGUUGACUAUUAUAUGUAGUACUAAGGUAGAUUUUUGUUGACCCGUUUUAUGAACAUUGAGUGUUACGCUCACCAUGUAAAAUCAGGUGUCGUUAAGUAGUAUUUCCCAUGUUAGUUCAAUCAUUUCAUGCAAUCAACAAUAAUGUUUAUAAGGAUUGGGAAGGAAAAACAUUGCAACCUAAAGUGAGAUAUAGAUAAGAUUGACCGUUAUCGGUGCAAUGUAAUGUGUUAUGGGUUUAUUUACUAUUUGUCAAUGCCAACCUUCAAUCGAAUAUUGUACCGAUCAUUCAUUCGUAACAUGUUAUACAAAAUAAAACAGAGCAGACAACGAAUCAAGGCUGAACCAGUCAGCUUUUAGUC